AUGCGAAAGCUCUUCAUGCAGAUGAAUAAUUAUGCAGUAAAAGCGCUUGGUGAGAUAGCUAAUACACUUGGUAUCAAGAAUUUGAACCUACGCUAUGGAGACCCUUGCCAAUUAGAAAGUCUAAAGAUUGAUGAUGAUCAGAAUCCGGAUAGUACGAACAGCAUUACUUGUGAUUGUAGCUUCAACAACAAACGCACAUGCCAUAUUACAGAAUUGAAACUCAAGACCCUCAGUCUUCCGGGAAAACUUCCACCUGAGUUGGUCAAACUUCGGUAUCUGCAAACGAUAGACUUUUGUCGAAAUGACCUUUCCGGAACAAUCCCAGUGGAGUGGGCUUCAUUGCCAUACUUCACUUCCAUAUCUGUCUGCGCGAAUCGUUUGUCUGGUCCUUUACCAGCUUGGUUGCAACAGUUCAAGAAUCUGACAUUCUUAGGGGUUGAAGCAAACCAGUUCUCUGGUCCGAUUCCUGAUGAGCUUGGUAACUUGACCAGCCUAACAAAAUUGCAUCUUGCAUCCAAUCAGUUUAAUGGAAGCUUGCCUGCCACUCUCGCUAGACUGGUGAGCCUUAAGGAUUUUAGGGUAAGUGACAAUAACUUCAGUGGUACCAUCCCAGCAUAUAUUGGCAAUUGGUCUGGGCUUCAAAGGCUACACAUUCAAGCAAGUGGACUGAAAGGGCCUAUUCCGGAUGCAGUGACCCGCCUAGAAAAUCUUGCUGAACUGAGAAUUAGUGAUACGACCGGGAUAAACUCCUUUCCGAUCCUAACCAGCAAAGCAAUUGGCACCCUGACUUUGAGGAAUGUGAAUUUGUCUGGUCCAAUUCCUCCGUACAUAUGGACUUUGACACAGCUCAAAACUCUUGAUUUAUCUUUUAACACGUUGAGUGGUGAAGUUCAAGCACUAGAAAAAGCACCCGCAUAUACCUAUUUGACUGGCAACAUGCUUUCUGGAAACUUUGGAUCUGGUCUUUCCAUCGACGAAAAAACUAAUAUUGAUCUCUCUUAUAACAAUUUCUCAUGGGCAUCAACCUGCAAGGACAAGAGUAACAUUAACACAUACCGGAGCUCAUAUUUGAAGAACAAUUUAACUGGACUUCUACCGUGCGCUGGUCUAACAAAAUGCAAGAGAUAUCAACGCUCACUACAUAUAAAUUGUGGUGGAGAAAGUGUAACUAUUACAAACGCUUUGGGUAAAAUCACUUAUCAAGCUGAUAAAAGUGAAACCAAAGCCGCGACGAAUCAACACUUUGAAAACUGGGGAAUCAGUAACACAGGUGUUUCGUCGAAUGACAUAUACACCAUUUCAACUAGUUUAACAUUACCUGGAGGUUCUCCUGAUAUUUAUAAGACUGCACGUCGAUCUGCUAUCUCUCUUGUUUACUAUGCAUUUUGCUUGAAAAAUGGAGGCUACAAUGUGAGACUUCAUUUUAUGGAGAUCCAGUUUUCAGACGAAGAACCAUACAGUCGUCUCGGCAGGCGCAUAUUUGACGUCUAUGUUCAGGGAGAAUUGUUCUUGAGGGAUUUUAACAUCAAAGAGGAGGCUAAUGGGACUCUAAAGCCUGUUGUGAAAGAAGCGGUUGCGAAUGUUACCGACAAUGUGUUAGAGAUUCGAUUGUAUUGGGCAGGGAAAGGGACAAUCCUCAUUCCUGCGAGAGGAAGUUAUGGUCCUCUUAUCUCUGCAAUCUCCUUGUGUCACACCAGCCAAGGGCCACAAUGUGGAGUGGAGAAACCAAAACGUCACACUAAGUACGCAUUAAUUUUUGGUGUUACGGGUGCCUUUGUAGCAAUUACUCUCUUGGCUUUGGGAUUAUAUGCUCAGAGAAAACGCAUACGACACAAGAACACGACAGAAAGAGAUCUGAGAGCCCAGGGUCUGCAAACAGUUUGCUUUACUUGGAGGCAACUGCAAACUGCAACGAACAAUUUUGAUCAAGCUAACAAGCUUGGAGAAGGAGGUUUUGGCUCCGUGUUCAAAGGAGAGCUUUCGGAUGGAACUAUCAUAGCAGUGAAGCAGCUUUCUUCCAGGUCGUGUCAAGGAAACCGAGAAUUUGUGAAUGAGAUAGGAAUGAUCUCAGGUCUUAAUCAUCCAAAUCUUGUCAAACUUUAUGGAUGUUGCGUCGAGAAGAAUCAAUUGCUGCUUGUCUAUGAGUACAUGGAAAAUAACUCCCUUGCUCUUGCCCUGUAUGGAAAUGGCUCCCGGAAACUGGACUGGGAAACGAGACACAAAAUAUGUGUUGGAAUCGCAAGAGGGCUUGUAUUCCUUCACGAAGGAUCGAUAAUCAGAAUGGUUCACCGUGACAUAAAAACCACAAAUGUGCUUCUAGACGCCGACCUAAAUGCAAAGAUAUCUGACUUUGGAUUGGCUAGGCUCCAUGAAGCAGAACACACUCACAUUAGCACAAAAAUCGCAGGAACCAUCGGAUAUAUGGCUCCCGAAUAUGCAUUAUGGGGUCAUUUGACUGAGAAAGCAGACGUGUACAGCUUCGGUGUUGUGGCUAUGGAAAUUGUUAGUGGGAAGAGUAAUAUUAAACCCAAGCAAAAUGGUGAUCAAGUCUCGCUUAUCAAUUGGGCGCUGACGCUGCAACAAACAGGGGACAUAUUGGAGAUCAUAGAUCCAAAGCUAGAAGGUGAUUUCAACAGAGAAGAAGCAGUAAGGAUGAUCAAAGUUGCUCUCCUUUGCACACAUUCAUCUCCUUCCUUAAGGCCAACAAUGUCAGAGGCUUUGCAAAUGCUCAAGGGAGAGAUGGAACUAACAGAGGUUGUGUCAGAUCCUGGUCUAUAUGGACACAACUGGAAUAUCUCAAAGCUGAGGGAGAUUGAUACACAUGGAAGCUCGAGCACGUCUGGUGUUACAGAUCAAACGGUAGCAACGGCAAUGAAGUCCUCUGUUUCUGGCUCUGAUCUCUACCCACUAUACCCAGAAUCCGUUAUCCUAAACUCCCCGCCAGAGUUUCCUUCAUCGUCACGGUAA